CGCCCCUAGCUUGUACUACUCUCAAUAGAUCUGAGCUACACAUCCAGAAACUAAGCAGCUGGCCAUGCCGAAGAAGGUGCAGAUCCUCCUCGCGCUGGCGCUCGCCUUGGCGACGCACGCCGAUGCUUAUUAUGUCCAGCCGGAGGAAGGGAAAUGCUCCCCGGAGUGUGGCAAGGACAAGGACAACAUGGAGUGCCCCAACAAUCUCUGCUGCAGUGCCGGCGGCCUCUGCGGCCUUGGCAGCGCUUACUGCGGCACCGGCUGCCAGAGCGGCGCCUGCAGUGGCAGCAGGCGCUGCGGGUGGCAGAACAACGGUGCGACGUGCCCCAACAACCAGUGCUGCAGCUGGGAUGGGUACUGUGGCUUGGGAGACUGGUUCUGCCGCAACAACAAGUGCCAGAGCGGCCCUUGCCACUACGACAUCAAGUGCGGCAAAGGCACCCAAAAUCCUGAAUGCCCCAACAACUUCUGCUGCAACAAGGAUGGGCGCUGCGGGCUCGGCGCUAAGUAUUGCAACAGCGACGCCGGCUGCCAAAGCGGCGCCUGCUAUGACGAUUCAGUAACCAUGGGCACCAGACAGAGCUGCCGGAACAAGGAAGGUGGUACUGGUAAAAGUUGCAUCAAAAAGCAGGGCUGCACACGGCCUUGAACUAUAUUCUGUAUGUACCAUGGAGGUAGCAAUUUCAUGCAUGCAACCAGGAAUAAUAUUUUUAGUUUCUCUUAUCACCCGCUUGUGGGAAGAGAUCUCUUGUUGUAAUGUUUGUUGCACUGCAAUAUAGCCAUAAGUUUUACUGCAACAAGAAAGAAUAAUUGCUGCAGUAAGAACAUGGAAAUAUUGCAACAGCAGCAAACUUUAAUAAUCUGUCUCCGCGGUUCACAAGUAGUCAUUGGUGCCCACUUUUUAGUAUUCCAUGUAACUCCUACCUUUUAUUUCGUUGCUGUGAUGCAUGGACCACCAUGUUAUUAAUAAUGUGGAAUUGUCUAUUCA